UUCCAUUAACAAAACUAAAGAAAAUACUCCAGUCCAACUGUGUGAUUUUCUGAAAUUCUCCGAAAAUCAUUUUCUGGAAUUACUCUCAUGCACCUUUCCCUUUUUUUCCCCCCCAAGUUCAAAGCUUGCAACUUCCUCUCUGUGUUUUUGACCUUUGUCAUUAUGCAAUUUUGUUCUGACAGUAUUUGUAUUUUGUUGCCCAGCCAGCACAUCUACCUCGCAGUGUAGUCGGUGACAGCAGACCACCAUGGCUCUAAACAUACCCGGUGUGGUGGCGGUGGUGCUGUUCUACAUGUUAAUCCUGGGUACUGGGGUUUGGGCAGCACGGAAAUCCAGAAGAGUCGAGAGGAAGAGCUGCGGAGACAGAACCGAGGUGGUGCUGCUUGGAGACAGGAAUAUCAGCCUGGUGGUUGGGAUUUUUACCAUGACCGCCACUUGGGUCGGAGGAGGUUUUAUCCUGGGUGUUGCUGAAGCCGUGUACACUCCCAAAAUGGGCUUGAUUUGGGCUUUGAUGCCGAUCCAAUACUCUGUAUCCUUCAUAAUAGGAGGUCUCUUCUUUGCCAAGCCAAUGAGGGAGAAGGAAUAUGUCACCAUGAUGGAUCCUUUCCAGGAAAAGUAUGGCAGGGUGUUGAGUGGGGCCCUCGUGCUGCCAUGUGUUUUGGUGGAUGUGCUGUGGGUAUCCUGCACUCUGUUAGGGCUGGGAGCAACUAUGAGUGUGAUACUGGACUUGGAGUUUGGCUACUCUGUGUGGAUUUCAGCUGCUGUGGCUAUAGUCUACACUCUGUUGGGAGGACUUUAUUCAGUAGCCUACACUGACGUCAUCCAGCUCGCCCUCGCAUUCCUCAGUUUGUGGCUGUGUGUACCGUUCAUACUACUGAACAAAACAUCUGUUAACAUCGCUGACACAGCUUUCAACAACACAUUUCAAGAUCCAUGGGUUGGAAGUCUGGAUAAGGAUAGUGCCUGGAAGUGGAUUGAUGACUUCUUAAUGUUGGGUCUUGGUAGUCUGUCCUUCCAAAGCUUCCACCAGAGGACGCUGUCUGCCUCCUCAGCAAGAACAGCCCAGUUAACUUGCUAUGCAGCAGCAGUUCUGAUAGCCAUUCUGGGAAUCCCUCCUGCUCUGGUUGGGGCUGUGGCUGCAUCCACAGACUGGAACCUGACAGAGUACGGUUCCCCCCCUCCUUACGUCCGUGGGGAGCACAGUUUUGUCCUGCCCCUCACUCUGCAGUACCUCACUCCAUCCUACAUCUCAAUCAUUGGAAUUGGAGCCGUCGCCGCUGCUGUCAUGUCUUCCACAGACUCGGGUCUGUUAUCUGCAACAUCUGUCUUCUCCUCAAACAUCUACAAAAAUGUCCUGCGCACACAGGCUUCAGAUAAUGAGAUGCAGUGGGUGAUUCGGGUGUCAGUUGUAGUUGUGGGACUUGUUGGAACGUCCAUAACAUUCUACACUAACAGCACCCUGGUCCUCUGGAUUCUCGGAGCUGAUGUCUCCUACACCCUCAUGUUCCCCCAUUUGGUUUCUGUGCUUUUCUUCAAAGUGACCAAUGGUUACGGUGCAGCAGUGGGGUACAUAGUGGGGGUGACUCUGAGGAUUCUGUUGGGAGAAAAUACUUUGGGCAUCCCAGUUGUCAUUCACCUUCCAGGUUGUACUCUGGAAGAUGGCAUCUAUGUCCAGAAGGCUCCUGUGAGGACAUUGUCCAUGCUGUGUACCUUGGUAACCGUAUUGCUUUUUUCUUGGUUGGCUUGUCUCAUGUUUAACCACGGCUUGCUGCCUGAGAAAUGGGACGUUUUCAAAGUAAGACGUACGGUUACUACACCGCUGGGGGAUGAUGCCACACAAAACCUCAAAGAUGAAGUGGUGAAUUCUGCUGAAUGUGAUCAGAACAGCCACGGAGUGGCUUUACAGCUGCUGUCACAAACUGGAGCAUGAAGGCUCUCUGUAUAUAAAAUGUCUUUGAUCCUAUUCACUUUGGACACAGUUAUUGUAAACUGAGACUGACAAUGAUUAUAGUAAAGGCUCUUUUUUCUUUUAAUUUAUCUUAUUUAUCGAUCCUUUACUCAAUAAAAAUCUAGGUAUAACCUUUAUUCUAGCUAAGGUUUUCUCUUACCCUGAAAUAGCUUGUGCAUACACAAUCAUGUACUCCUUGCAGACAUUUUCCAAUUUCUGUCUUUCUGCCAUUCUUUAAUAAUUUGAGGUCAUUAAACACUGGUCUUCAUGUAAGACCAAGUUAAUGCAAUUUGACGCAAAAAAGCACUUUUCAGAGGAUUUCAUUUAGCCAUUAAGACCAACCUGGACCUUUAUAAACAGCUUCACUGGGCUCCUUUACAUUUCUGUGGAAGCAUCUUAUACCUAUCUUUGCAGAGUUGUUUCAGUUCGGCCCCAUUGGAGGGGUUUUACAGUAUAUCAUCUUGUUUCAACCUAUGGCACAUUAUCAAUAUGUUUUUUAACUCGAGAAUUGCUACUUCAAGAUUGUCCCUUUGAGUUAACUCAUUCAGAGGCAGACUUGAUGUUGUGCUUCUUGUCAUUGUCAUGCCUCAUAAAACGGGAUGCGCUUAAGCUUAAUGUCUUAAACUGAUAGUUUCAGGAAUUUUGGUUGUUGGCAUGAUCAAGUUCUAAAUCUGUGUGGGAAUGCUGUAACAGAUGUAGCAAGGCUCACACAGCCUUCAAAGCUUUGCCUGUAUCUUCAUUUGUUUUUUAGUCUUGCUGAUCACUUGCUCAUAGAGUAACUAUGGCAAAGGUUGGGAAGGUUCCCCAUUGCUGCAUGUUUUCUUUAUUUGAGAAUGAGAGCUUUCCUGUACCUCAAUGAAGACCUAAAUCCUUAGAAGAGGCUUCUAAAUCAUUUACAAGCUUUGUAAAUUUAAAUCCAAUCUGUUGUAUUUUUUGAAAUCACAGCUUAAUGUGUUAAUGUCUGAGAUCCUUUAACCUGUUCAUGCUGAUAGUUUCUAUUGAGGUGGUUUAUGUUUAAUAAUUGCACACAUCUCUAGUUCUUCAGAUCCAAGUGUGGCUUGAGAAAUUCAACACUUUCUGAACAAUCUGCUCUUGAUCAGUUAAUUCCUGACUUAGUAUUUAGUAAAUCCUCUUUGAAACAGGUCCAGGUUGGUUUGGAGAACCUUUAGUUUGUAAAAGGAUAUAAGGACUUUUUUAGACUAAAAUGAUCAUUUGAAAACUGCUUUUUGUUAGCACUUAGGUUAAAUUUGCUCAAUGUUCUGAAAAAUUUUAAUUUGGAAAAAAACCGAAGAAGAAAUCUGCAAGGAACCAAUAUGUUUGCACAGAGUAGUGUUUGUCUUACAGCCCUUAUAGUCUUACAGCCCAUCUCUGUCUCAUGCUGAAAACAAUCACACAUAAAACACAGUAUAAGGCUUAUACCAAGUGGUUAAAUAUAAGUAUAUUUACUCAAGUGCUACAGUAGAAAUUUAAAGAUGUCAUGCAACUUUAAUUUUGUCUAUGUCACUGUAACU